ACUGUAAUGGAUGCCACGCACUACAAGUUGCAGCCGCCAGUAGCAGCAGCAGCAGCAUCGUCAACAACAACAUUAACAGCAACAACAUUGCACUCGCAACAGCAGCUGCAGCUGCCUGUAUUAGCCAUGCCCACAGCCUCAGCGGCAACAGCAGCAGCAACAACAAUUAGCGACAGCGGCACCAGCACCCCAACAACAACCACACGCACCUAUCUGGGCAUGUACAAGCGCUGGCAGCAGCAGCAGCUGCAACAACAGGCGCAACUGCAACAGCAACAGCAGCUAUUGCUGCUGCAGCAGGAACUGCUCUAGCUGUGCACUGACGUUAAGCAACACUGCCAACAGUUAACGAACGCUAACUUCUGCUGCUACUGCUGCUGCAGCUGCAAAUGGAUGCAACAGCAACAGCAACAGCAACAACCACAAAAACAACCAGCAAGAACAACCCGAAGAAUUUCCAUAGGCGCCUCCCAAGCAAUGCGCGUCGCAAAUGCAUAAAAUAAAAAACUAAAUUAAACAAAACUAUAUACAUAUAUAAAUAUAUAUAUAUAUAUUUAUAUAUAUAUAUGUAUAUAUAUAUAUAUAUAUUAUAUUAAAUGUGAUAAACAAGCGAAAAGCAAAAAAAAAAGAAAAAAGAAGAAAAAGAAACAAAACAAUGAAUACAGCUGAACAUAAGAAUAUUGAAAGAUGGCAAAGCAAGCAGCAAAGAAGCAAAGACAGCGAGAAUUGGUUCGAAGCUAAAGACGAACGCUGGAUUGCUAAAAAAAAAAAACGAGUAAAUGGGAAGCAGAUCAGAAAACAGAAUA